UCGUGGAAAAUUAGACGACCGCAAGAUGGCGCCGGGCUCCAUCGUAUGGUUAUUUGCCCUUCUAUUGAGCACGGCAAGUUGCCAGCCGCUGCCAGACCCCGAGCCGCAGUAUCCCUGCGCAGAGUACCAGCCUUGCGAAACCUGGGAGCCCCCACCAUGCGAGCCCUGCCCCCCGCCAUGUCCCCCACCUUGUCCCCCGCCCUGCCCUCCGCCUUGCCUUCCGCCCUGCCCUCCGCCCUGCCCUCCGCCCCGUGCCGAAGAUGAGGUCGUUCAGAUCGGACCAUGCAACCCUUGCGACCGCCCAGUCAACUAUAUGUAUGGACAGGCACCCCCAGGGUCAAUCAUUAUCAGGCCUGGCCAAGUCCGGUUUAGGCCGCGGCAGCCGAUCACGGUGAAGCCUGGCCCUAUCCAGUUGCCGCCGCCGGCCGUGGUGUGGGUGAAACCUGCGCCCGUUCAGCCCGAGACCCCCGCUCCGAUUACCGUACGUCCGCCGCCCGUGCAGCCACCCACACCCGCGCCUAUCACAGUCCGGCCACAGCCCGUCACCCCGCCUAGACCUGCGCCCAUCGUUGUCAGACCAGCCCCGGUGCCUGUACCAAAACCAGCGCCUAUUAAGGUACAACCGCAACCAGUGCAGCCACCAGAACCUGAGCUACUAGUUGUAAAGCCACCAAGGAUCAGCGUACCGGGACUGCCCGUCGUCUGCUUCCAGCCCAACCCUCCAUCUUGCUUCAGGACAUCAGGCAGCGCGCUUAUCUCCCUCUACCAGCAGCGACAGCCGUGCCUAGAACCAAUACCGCCGUGUCCCAUGGAAACAAUUCCACCAUGUCCUACACCCAUUAAUCCGUGCCAAAACCCCAUACCACCUUGCGCGUAAUGUGAAACGAUUAUGUCAUCUUUGGGUGUAUAAUAAUAUAUAGUAUAUAUAUUUACAUAUAGUAAUUAAGCUAAGUUUGCAAAAUGUUUGUAGUCAGUCGAAAUAAAGUGCAGGCAUGUUACUAUUGUGCAAAUCAA